AAAGAUCAUCCUACUAGUACCGAUGGGUUGGAACCCUCAUGUGCAUUUAGGUAUGGUGGGAUAAGGGGCAAGGUGGGUUCAAUGGCUGUGUUAUGCAUGCCACUGAUGUCUCGAAUGUGGUUUUGUCUGUAUGUAUAUCGAGGAGACAUCACCGCCUUUGUUGUACGAUGUUGAGAGCAACAUCAACAUCCCACUCGCAAUACCGCCUCUAUUCUUUGUGAUGCUCCGCAUGUCGAACCUGAUGGUUUGCUGUUUAUCAUGAAACGGACACGGACUGUAUACAAACACUGCCUGAUCAUGCUUGCGCUAACAGACAGACAACGAAUAGUGCAAGUCGAUUGAUGCAGCCCUUUCGGCACUGGAGACGGUUUCUUGAGAAUAUUGCACGGCCUUCUCUUGAUUUGUUGAUCCAUCUGUGAGCAACAUGACCGUGAUUAUCCUCCUUUGCGGUGUUCGACUCAACAAAAGAAGCUUUAGGAUGGCCAUACGCCACGAAGUUAAGGGAUGGCAAGGUUGAUUCCAGUUGGUAGGUAGUAACUCUUGCACUGACGGUGUCUUGAAGCCAUUUGCCAACAACUAUUCUGUUCUCUCCCUUGCCACUACGCCCGCUCGUGACGGUUCCAAUUAGUACUCACUUUAUCGCUGCAGUGUCUUUAUCGUCUCGAGCGUUUUCAUCGCACUGACAAGCAUUGUGGCCUCGGAUGCAGUCUGAGGUGCCUUGAGGAGUAGCUUAGAAGAGGGAAAAAGAUAAAGAACCGAUUUGUGUGUUCGGAUAGGAUUCAGAUAUGAACAAGCUCGGUGGCUUAUAGUUGUGAGUUUCUGUUCAGGUAGUUCUCGAGUCGCCCAAUUGAACUCGCCCGCGCCUCGUAGGUUCGUGCCAACCAUGACCUCUAACUUCAGGUUGCCGUCUGACUCUUUCUUCCAUUUGUCUUUGAGGUUAUUUUGGAUUCUCAAGGCAGCAGCAGCAGGGCAGAUCCACUUCACCUUCCUGUGAACCUUACCUUCGCACUCUGAGACUCACUGAUAUAAAACGCUUGAUCCCUCCCGCCGAAUUGGACUUCUCUACUCUCACAACCACCCCAACUCUCCAGGACCGACCACCAGUAUCAAGAUCGUUUCUUUAUUAGUAUUCAACAUCCAUCUUCGGAUCCCAGUACUUUCCAUCAACUCCAUCAAACCGCUUACCUUAUCUGACUAAGCCCCAUCUGAAAGAAAGGGUCCCGAGUCUGAUUCACAGCCCUGCUUCUACAUACCUAGUAGGUACGUUGUACUACGCCCUCAGCACGAGGCACCCACCUCAGCCUAGCAUUUACCCCGCCACAGUGAUUGAUUUAUUGGUCGGUUGGCUACCUAGCCUCCGCUACCUACCUACCUUACUUACCUAGCUGACUCCUCCAACUUCCAUCAUCACCCAAAAACAAUCACGAAUCCUCUCUGCACUUUCUCUUCGCACCACGCCAAAUCUCACACUUACAUCCCCAUUUACUCUAGCACGAACCACAAACAUAUCCAAAAUGGCCGAAUCUACCUCUACACAGAAAGUCUGGCUGGCGUCCAACGACAGCGCCACUAUUGAAGUCGACCGUGUUGUUGCCGAGCGAUCAAUGUUGAUCAAGAACAUGUUGGAAGACAUCGGUGAUGAGGGUAUCAAUGCUGAGAACCCUAUUCCUAUCCCCAACGUGAACGAGGCCGUUCUUCGCAAGGUGAUUGAGUGGUGCGACCAUCACCGCAACGAUCCCCUCCAGGCACAGGAUGACGAUUCCGACGCCCGCAAGAAGACGACUGAUAUCGAAGAGUGGGACCAAAAGUUUAUGCAGGUCGAUCAGGAGAUGCUGUUUGAAAUCAUCCUUGCAUCCAACUAUCUCGACAUCAAGCCUCUUCUUGAUGUCGGCUGCAAGACCGUCGCCAACAUGAUCAAGGGCAAGUCUCCCGAAGAGAUCCGCAAAACUUUCAACAUCACGAAUGAUUUCACUCCUGAGGAGGAGGAGCAGAUCCGCCGGGAGAAUGAGUGGGCUGAGGAUCGUUAAGUUCCCCUCUGUGUAUGAUUAUGGAUAGAGGUUGCGGGGAGGUGCAAGUCGGACUGUGGUGCGGAUCAAGCCUUGGGUCAUGAGUCGCAGGAAACUUUCCUGUCAAGCCUUGUCAAUCCAGGAUCAUAUCAGUAUUGAUGAGUCACAGGGGUCGUAUUAGGCGUUAAAGUUUGGUUUUCCGGGUUGCUUGGGCCAGUGUUUUUGGCACGCUAGGAGCACAAAUAGGAUUGCUUACGGUAACAUGAUAUUGUCCGAGGCAGGCUCUCUACGGGAUGGAUCUCGUCCUGCAGUAGUUGAACACAGCUUCAAAUCCUACACUUGGAAGCACUGGUAGAAAGUCAUUUCGACUUGGCUUAGGACUUCAAUUUAUGAUUGCCAUCAAACCCGGCGUUAUCAAGACGUUCAGCUAUGCAGUGGUCAGCUCGAAAUCUGUGAUGGAUGCGUUGGUGAAAGUGGGAUUUGCGGGUUGGGGCAUGAUUCGUUCAUUUGGCUACUUGAAGACUAGCACAACACCAUACAGUCUGCUGGUAAUAAAGACAGCACACGAGAGCCGACGUUUGCGUUGUCGUCGUUCACAGGCAAGAUAGUCUGCAUCCAUGUAGUUCAGGCCCGUUUUCUUUCUUGGGGCAUCAAAGUCUUUGCAUUCCUUUUUUUUUCCCCUAUGACCGUCCGUGACAUGCAGUAACCGGCAAUAAUCGAUAAACCAGGCAACCGGCCCAUCGCCCCCGUGCGCACGCGCAGUGCAGUGCAGACACGGCCUCUUAGUUCAGUUUACGCCACAACAAUAUCGUUCCUCCCCUUUUCCGUUCACGUCAAUCAUCGCGAUACCAUGCCCAAGAGAGAGAAAAGUCGGUUGCUGGGCUUUGGGGGCAGGUAACAGCUGGACUAUCAGCUUAGAUACCGAUGCGGGUCUUGCGCCAAUGCCUUCGCUUAGCGUUGUAGCUGUUUAGGAAUGUUAGCCAAGGGUUACUCUGCUCGCGGGCGGACUGGUAGAGUCGUAAAGUUGUCGUCUCGAAGGGGGGAGUCAAAACGCACCGGAUGGUGUUGCCAGUUCGGAGGCGAAUCCAUUGAGGCACAGGGCGGUUCUGCUUCUGGGCCUUGGCAAGCUUCUGCUUGGUUCGGAAAGACUUGUGGCUCUGUGGGAAAAAGAACAAUUAGCGAUCCGGUGUCAUGGGAGCAGAGCCCGCCCUCGAGAGAUUGCGACUCAUUUUCAUCAUCGACGGACGCGGCGGGAAAUAUGUUCAUUCGAUGCAGACUUCCAUUGUCGAUGAUGAAGAGAGCGAGCUGAGAGCGUGCUUCCGAGGGCGAUAGGGAGGGGCUGUCAUACCGGCAUGUUGACGGCGUCGUUGGUGGUCGAGUCGGUCAGUCGUUGCCAAAUGGUGAUAGAGUAUCGAAGUGCAGUACACUUGUUUCGAGGAAUUUCGCUUCUAGGGUUAGGUUUUUUCUGUGGGUGGAGCUGAGGUUGGUGCCUGAGGUUUACGGUGAGCGAGAUCCACCUCGGGCGGGCACCUCAUGGAUGGUGCUGAGGUAAGCACUUUUGAGCUCGGCUCGUGACUCUUUAGCUGUAACUCAUGACAAAAUUACACAGUACAGUACCUUAGUGACGGGAGUGGCUCGUGAGUUGUCCACCUGAGGAAAUUAUUGGGACGUAGCCUUUGUGAGAAGCAUAAUAGCAACCAAUAAAUCGAUCUGACUGAUAUACAAGCUCUAGAUGGACAUGUAUCGGAUGUACAGAUAGUUCUCUUGGAUUAGUUAGUACCUAUAGUGACUUAAGUGCCUAUUAAUGAAAACGCCUCUGUCUCAGGAGGGUUCCAGAGCA